CUGGUCACACUGCCUGCAUUAACGCAAACAAAUUGCGAUUCGAGCAAAAAUAAACAAAUCGUUAAUUUCACCACAUCCGGACACAUAAUUAAACCAGUCGCUCCUCCGUUCCAUGAGUGCGAACCUAAAAAACAUCAAGCUGGGCCACUUUGGUGGCGGCGGUGGCGGGACAUCCGUCGGCGGUGUGGGCAGCUCCGGUGGCUUUGGCAUCUCAGCGUCGUCGGGAGGUGCUGGUAAAUUGCCUACCAAUGGCACGGCUGGUGGUAAGUCAGCCUCUGCCAGCACCUCCACGGAGGCUGAGGUGCUGGCCACGCCCGGAGGUGUCAUCAUACCGCUGAUUCGCACCAGGGACGUGCCCAGGCUGUUGCCAACCAUUGCCACCGCGCUGCAGCGUCCGUCGGACGAUCAUUUGGCCGCCGAGGAUCUGGACGCUGUGCAGCUGGAGCUGGAGCAGAUGCUCUCGAACGUGGCACUCAGGACGCGUGUUCUCAAGGCCGAGUAUGACAGCCUGGACAAAGACGACAAGCGCCAGGAUCGUCGUAAGAUGGAUCGUGUGCCCGGAUCACCUCCCUGUCAAUCCACCAUGCUCAACGGACUGUUGGGCAUUUGUGGCACCCCUUCCACAGGUGUGGGCAGCCCGUCCGGUGGCGGCGGCGGCGCCUCAUCCUCCAGCAACACAAAGCGGAAACGCGAUGAGCCGACGGGCGUGCGCAAAAAGCACUCCUCAAUGACCAUCCUUAAGCAGCAGGGCGGUGUCACUGGUUCCACAAAGCAUCAGGCCAAGAACAGUCCCAUUGCCAACCACACGGAUGAUAGUAUGGAUUAUUUACCCAACCUGGUGUCUGCCAGUGCUUCCGGAUCGGUGCUGCCGCACCACCAGCCCCAGCCACAGCUGCCCAAGGUAUCGGUCCCGAAAAAUGAUACACCCAACAAGUUCUGGCUCUCCAUCGAACCCUUCUGCAUGCCGCUGACCAACGAGGAUCUGCGCCUCAUCGACGACCUGUUAGAGCAGUACCGCGGGCCCCUGGUGCCGCCGGUGCCCCCUUUGGGUCCCCACUACUCUACGGUAUGGGCGGAGGAAGACAUGAAGGCCCUUCAGCCGGGUGGAGCUCGCGGCAAGUCGCAGAACGCCACGGCAAUGCUUAAAAAGGCCGAAGGAAUGGUGGAGGAGAGCAUCACGGGACCGCUCACUCAACGACUGGUGUCCGCUCUCAUGGAGGAGUCCCUGCUAACCCUGCCCAGCGAACAGGCGGCGGUCGGUGAGCAUAGCAACAGCACCACAAGCAGCAGCAACGAGAACACACACUCCCACUCAUCAAGCUCUGCAGCAGCAGCUGCAGCGGCUGCCUCUGGCAACUUCCGAUCGCUUUUCAUGCUCAAACACGGCGUUGGAAUCGAACAAAGGCUGAAGAAGGAGCUGCUGGAUAACGGACUGAUCGACCCCAGUGAGUUUGCUGCCCACGAGGAUGUUGACGAGGUGCUGUUGGAGAUCAAACGCGUUACGGCAGAGAUCAGCAGCGUUGCGCAGUUCAACAGCGAGGAGCUAAAGCGCCUUCGAGCCGCCGCAAGCGAGGAGAUCAAACGGAUUGCACUCAAACGAAAGCUGGACGUUGUAGACCAGGAGAUACUCGAGUGCUACAAGCGAAUGCUACAGUAUCGGGCCAAGCGCAAGGGUCACACCAUCGAGGAGAAGCAAGAGAUCUUGCGGCUAACCAACGAACAGCGUCUGCUGGCCGAUCAACUGGAGCGUAUGCAGAUGCAUGUACCCAGCGCCGGCGGCUCGUCCGGGUCCCUUAUAGAGCCCAAGAUGUAGGACAGGACCCUGGCCUGGGGCUGGUACCAGCUAAUGGCCAUGCAUCAGGCAAAGCGGCAGGUUCGGGACGAAGCCCUGCAGUUGCAGUGUUUCUGAUAGGACCGGGUCCCCCGUUAAAAUGCUUCAUCUCUAACUCUCCGCCAGACUGUAAAUUAGCAAGGAUAUAGCCAAAAGCCCUGGAGUUGGAUGGCUCGGAGAAGGAUACAUGGUCUCCUCCUCCUUUUCGGCGAAUGUACAUUAACAAAGAUAUAUAGUAUCAACCAGCACAUGGAUCGGAUGAAGUGUUUUAGUAGUGGAAAGUAAUCUAUGGCCGCAAAUUCCGAAGAGUAGCUUUUAAGUGUUUAAGGAUCCAAAGAUGAUCUUUGUAGGAAACUAUUUUCAGCAUGUGAAGUAUAUGUUUUGCAGGAUCAACUGCCUUUGUUUCUAAAUUGAUGAAGCAAAUUUUAAAUGAAAAUGUAGGGAUAUUCAAGGAACUUACACCUUAGAUUACUAUCCGCCCCUACGAUAUAUAUAUAUAUAUAUUUUUUAAUCUUUUUUUCAACAUGUAUUUAUCACUCUCUCACAAUGAAGAAAACAACACACACGUACACUUUGUAUAGCUUAAGUUAUCGCGAGGAAAUAAAGUUGUCACUAUCGAGAAUGUA